AUGUCAUCUGCAAAACAAGGACUUCCACAAGUUAGAGCACCAACAUUACCAUCUAAAACAACACCAGAACAAAGAUAUUGGAGAAGUUAUAUUAAUCCACAAUUAAUUAAAGAAAACCAUCCAAUUACAAAUAUUGAAUUUAAUCCAGUAACUCAAGAUUUUGCAAUUUCAUCAUCGACAAAAAUUCAAAUAUUUUCAAAUAAAACAAGACAGGUCAUUAAAACAUUUUCAAGAUUUAAAGAUACUUUAAAUUAUAUAAAUUAUAGAUAUGAUGGUAAAUUAAUAGUUGCAAGUGAUGCAUCAGGAUUAAUUUCAAUCUAUGAUUGUGCUAAACCAAAUAAUUUAUUAGUUUCAUUUAAACCAAGUUCAUUUAAUACAAAAGUUGUUAAAUUUCAUCCAAAUCUUGGUAAUCAAUUGAUUACUGGUUCAAAUGAUAAAACUUUAAGAAUUUUUGAUAUUUCUCAAACUUCUCAAGGUCCAAUUUUAGAAAUUAAAGAUCAACAUGAUGAUUAUAUUUCAAGUUUUGAUUUUAUAAAUAAUAAUUUAUUAGCUACUGGUUGUUAUGAUGGUAAAAUUAGAUUAUUUGAUACAAGAAUUAAUCCAAAUAAUAUUAUAACUACUUUCGAUCAAGAAAAUCCUGUUGAAGAUGUUCUUUGUUUAACUUCAAAUUUAUUAACUUCUUCAGGUGGCUCUUAUGUUAAGGUUUUUGAUCUUAAUAGAAUGACUACAAUUCAUCAAUUAAAUAAUUUCACAAAGUCAACCACAUCUUUAAAGAAAACAUUCAGUAGUAGUACAAGUAAUAGCAGUAAUGGAUUAAUGGUUGGUUCAUUAGAUGGUACUGUCAAAAUAUUUGAUUCAAGUUCAAUUAAUUGGAAGGUUCAAUUUGGUUGGAAAUUCGGUGAUGGUGUUUUAUCAUGUGGUGUUUCACCUAUUAAUCAAAAACAUUUCGUUACUGGGUUAACUUCAGGUUUAAUUACUAUUAGAUCUAAGAAAACUGAAAAAUUGGAUCCAAGCAAACCAAUGGUUAAAUCUGGUGGCUAUGCUAGAAUGAUGAAAGGUAGAGAUUAUACAGGUGAUGAAGAAGAUCAUAUAAUCAAGAACAUUUCAAGCACUACCACUAGCAAGAAAAUCACUGGGAAUGUUGGUGACUUGAUGGCCAAUUAUAAAAAAUCAUUACAAAUUGAAGAUAUCAAACCAAAUGAAUUAAACCAACAAAUCAAUGAAGCUAAACAAGCUCAAGAAAUCUGUGGUAUGUUGGAACUUUUAGGUGUAUAA